CUAUCACCGAUGUUCGGUGGUGCUAUGCACAGCGUAUUUGUUUUACUGUUUUAAGUUGUGGUUCACGUUGAUUAGCACAGUGACAGUUUUGAGGUUUCCUAUUAUCGAACUUAUCCAUAAGGAGUCCGCCCUCCGAUACAAUAUGGAUGUCGUGGUAGAAGUUGAUAGUGAUAAUGUCUCUUACACAGAAAACUAUAUUGAAACGAAGUACAAAUAUGAGUAUACAACAGCAGAACGAAAUGGAAAUGUUAUCAAAGUUACACCGAAAUCGGAAGAGCUGGUGAUAAGAACAUCUCGUAGGGUCCCAAAAGUGGGUGUUAUGCUAGUAGGAUGGGGUGGGAAUAAUGGAACGACAUUCACAGCUGCUGUGAUCGCAAACCGUUUGGGAUUAAGUUGGCCUACAAAAAAGGGAAUUCAAGAAUCCAAUUGGUAUGGAUCCCUCACUCAAGCAUCAUCAAUACGACUUGGAGGAGAUGUAUUCGUACCUUUCCGCAACUUGUUGCCUAUGAUUCAUCCAGAUGACAUCAUCAUUGACGGAUGGGACAUCAGUUCAAUGGAUUUGAUCGAAUCGAUGGAAAGAGCUCAAGUUCUGGAACAUACGCUUCAGCAGCAACUGAAACAGCAUAUGAAAGGAAUGAAACCAAGACCAUCGAUAUAUAUUCCAGAAUUCAUAGCUGCUAAUCAGGAAUCUCGCGCUGAUAAUAUAAUAACUGGUACCAGACAAGAACAACUGGAGCAAAUUCAAAAGGACAUUGCCGAUUUCAAAGAAUCUUCGGGGGUAGAAAAAGUCAUCAUUCUGUGGACAGCAAACACAGAAUGCUUCAGUAAUGUUCUAGUUGGUGUUAAUGACACUGCAGGUAAUCUCAAAGCAGCCAUAGCUUCCAACAGCUCUGAAAUUGCGCCGUCAGUCAUUUUUGCGUACGCAGCAAUAUCAAUGGGAUGCCCUUACAUAAAUGGCUCCCCACAAAAUACUUUCUUGCCUGGCAUCAUUGACUAUGCCGAAAAACAAGGGGUCUUCAUCGCAGGAGAUGACUUCAAAUCAGGACAAACGAAAAUUAAGAGUGUACUCGUUGACUUUUUGGUGGGGGCUGGCAUCAAACCCGUCAGUAUAGUCAGUUACAAUCAUCUUGGCAACAAUGAUGGAAAGAAUUUGUCAGCACCUGAACAGUUCAGAUCGAAAGAGAUUUCGAAAAGUAAUGUAGUGGAUGAUAUAGUACAGUCAAACAAUACCUUAUACAAACCUGGAGAGAAACCGGAUCACGUGGUCGUUAUAAAAUAUGUCCCUUAUGUGGGAGACUCAAAGCGAGCACUAGAUGAAUACACCUCAGAAAUACUAAUGGGUGGUCUGAACACCAUAGUGAUUCACAACACAUGUGAAGAUUCUCUACUAGCCACUCCCCUCAUCCUUGACUUGAUCAUCUUAGCUGAGCUAUUCACAAGAAUCGAGGUCAAGCAAGAAAACUCUCCAGAUGACGGAUACACUCUGCUCCAUCCUGUCCUAUCUGUACUCAGCUAUUUCUGCAAGGCUCCAGUGGCCCCUACAGGGACUCCAGUAGUAAAUGCUCUGAGUAGACAACGAGCUUGCUUGGAAAAUAUCAUAAAGGCAUGCAUCGGCCUACCUGCAGACAGUAACAUGAAUUUGGAGCAUAAAGUUCAAUUUUUAAUGGACACUCAUGUGAAAAAUGAAUGAAUAAGAAAUUGAUGGGAGAGAGAAGUGUUUUGUUGAGCAAAUAUGUAUUUUUGAUUGUCCAGAAUAUUAUUUUAUUUUUAAAACAAUAAAUUAUCUGAAACAAUAA